CGGCGGGGGCGGGGGCCGGCGGGCAGGGGAGUGCCCGCCCCUCGGCGCCCGCGGCUCCGCCUCGCUUCGCCAUGGUGGAGCGGGGAGACGCGGCGCCGCUGCUGCGCUGGGCCGAGGGCCCCGCCGUGUCCCCGCCGCAGGCCCCGGAGCUGCAGGCUGCAGGCCGGGCUCCCGGGCGCGGCGCGGGGGGCGGCGGGCCGGCCGCCGGGACCCCCGGGGGGCGCGCGCCCCGCGAGCUGCCGCAGCCGGGGCGCCCCGAGCUGGGCGACGUGGAGGAGGACCAGGUGGUGGCCGUGUUCGUGGUCACCUUCGACCCCCGCUCGGGAAACAUGGUGGAAUGGUGCUUACCUCAAGAUAUUGACCUGGAAGGGGUCGAGUUCAAGUCUAUGGCCAGUGGGUCCCAUAAAAUUCAGUCUGAUUUCAUCUACUUCCGGAAGGGCCCCUUCUUUGGCCUGGCCUGCUUCGCCAACAUGCCCGUGGAGAGCGAGCUGGAGCGUGGUGCCCGCAUGAAGUCCGUGGGCAUCCUGUCUCCGUCCUACACCCUGCUCUACCGGUACAUGCACUUCCUGGAGAACCAGGUUCGACACCAGCUGGAGACGCCGGGACACUACUCCCACCUGGCCGCUUUCUACGAGGACAAGAAGGGGGUGCUGCACGCAGGGCCUGGCAGAGGCGGCAGCCUGCCUCCCGUCUACUGGCUGCCGUCUAUCCACCGCUACAUGUACCCCGAGAUGAAGAUCACCCACCCGGCCGGCUGCAUGUCUCAGUUCAUCAAGUUCUUCGGCGAGCAGAUCCUCGUGCUCUGGAAGUUCGCCUUACUGCGCAAGCGCAUCCUCAUCUUCUCCCCGCCGCCCGUGGGCGUGGUCUGCUACCGAGUGUACUGCUGCUGCUGCCUGGCCAACGUGUCCCUGCCCGGCAUCGGGGCCACCAUCCCCGAGUCCAAGCCCUUCUUCUACGUGAACGUGGCGGACAUCGAGAGCCUGGAGGUAGAGGUGUCGUAUGUGGCCUGCACCACGGAGAAGAUCUUCGAGGAGAAGCGGGAGCUGUACGACGUCUACGUGGAUAACCAGAACGUGAAGACGCACCACGACCACCUGCAAUCGCUGCUGAAGAUCAACAGCGCAGACCGGGAGAAGUACCGGCGGCUCAACGAGCAGAGGCAGAUGCUGCUGUACUCCCAGGAGGUGGGGGAGGAGCACAGCCCCUGCGAGGAGGACCUCUUUGUGCUGUUCUUCCUGGAGCAGAACAACCGAAUCUUCCAGACGCUGCUGGAGGUGUCGGCCAGCCAGGACAAGACGCUGACGGCGGAGCACGCGCGGGGCAUGGGCCUGGACCCGCAGGGCGACCGCGGCUUCCUCAUGGACCUGCUGGAGGCCUACGGCAUCGACGUCAUGCUGGUCAUCGACAACCCCUGUUGCCCCUAGGCCGGGGGGGCGGUGAGCCGCGGGCGGCUGUGGCCUCCUGCCCUCCCCGGCCCCCUGCCCGGAGGCAGGACGCACGCCUGCUUCGGGGCACGGUGGGGGCGUCAGAGAGGCCCGGGACUGCUGCCGCCGAGGUCUGACAUCACGAGGCUUGGCCUGGAGCCGGGAACCUGGACAGAAGGUUCUAGAAGCCUGCCUGAUCUUUGCCCCUGGAACUUGUCAAGAGUGAGCCGGGCUAGCUCUAUCCCGAUGGGACCCGAUGCCUCCUGCGCGGGUGACGGCAGGUGUGGUGGCGGGUGGGUGGCUUCGUGUGUUGCUCGCCUCCCGGAGGGCUGACAGUGCUCUGGGGUGACGUGGCGUCUUGCUACCCCGGAAGGUGGGUUCGUGCCGGCCCGGCCCCUCGUCUGCACGAGCGUUUCCGGCAGGGCUUCCCGCAGAGCCUCGGGGACGCAGCAGAGAGCCCCUGGCUCCUGGGACCCACUGAGGGUCCCGCUGCGGGGGGCGGCCUUGCUCCCAGAUGAUGCGGGGGCCGAGGCCGGCUCGGGGCGCCCGGUGGCUGCGUAUCCCCCCGUGAGAGGGCGGCCGGCUGGCAGGAGUCGAGCUCAGCUCUUUGGGGCUUGAGUUCGGGAUUUCCCCCCCUCUCUGAGGAGCCUGCAGGUUUGUCGGGGGCUGAGUGACGUCUUCUCUCGGCCCCGCUGCCCGUCUCUCAAACUGGACCCGCUCUCGGGGUGCCCGUGGGCGGGGCUGGUGCAGGGCCGAGAGGGGCGGCGUGGGGACAGAUGGGUCCCGCGGCUGCAGGUGUCGGGGAUGCCGCGGAGCCACGCCCCCGUCCUCUCGCUGAGCUCUGAGAGCUCCUGGCGCUGUGCAGGAGCGUCCUGCCCCGUAGCUUCUUGAGAGGAAGUUGGAGGAAGUGCACAGGGCCGGCCGGCCAGGGGCCCGCACCCUCCCUGUAAAUAUAUAAAUAGGCGCGGGCCUGGGGGCCGGCCGCGCCCACGUCUCGGCCGCCUCCUUGGGAGCGUGAACGCUGUCUAGUGACUUUAGUGGUGCCGGAAGGUCAAGGCUCCCCAGACCAGGGAGGAGGGAGGGUCCCUAGGGGACCCGCCUUCUGGGAAGUGGGGGCUCAGGGGACGCGUCUUUGAAGCCCGGCUGGCUUCCUUCCCUUGUCGCCGCAGCGGGGUUCCGCUCUUGUCCGGGAAUCAUGAUCUGGGUCUGGGGCUCCUCCCGACCUUCCUGCCCCGGGUGGGCGGCAACCUGGGCAGAGGGAGGGGAUCCAGCUGACCGCAGGGCCCUUCCUCCCUGUAUUUCUUCUGGAAGGCUUCUGGGGAGCCUAAGCUGACCUCAGCAGGUGCUCACCCUGGGGAAUACGGGCCCGAAGUACGUCAGAAGCACCCAGACAGCAGUUCAGCAAUCCAGCUGGACUGUAGGCUCAGCAGGGGGGAGGGCGGAGGGGUACUGCUCACCCCUGGGGCCCCUGUGCAGUUGUGCAGUUGUGCGUGUCUCAGGAGCACCCCCGUCGUGCUCAGUGCCCGCCAGCUCGCGCAGUCUGGGUCAUCUGUUGAGAAUAGCUUCUGGCUGCCUCAUGCUUGAAGGUCUGGUGUGGCCCCUUGUGGGGCCGGGCCCCCAGCUCUGACAGCGUCUGCCUCCGUCCGCAUCGUCCUUCCCGGCACCCCUUCCCGUUGGCCGAGCAAAGGAAGGCGAAUCCCUGGACCCAUGGUUAAAAAAAAAUAACAAGCCAGCCCCCGACCAAGAGCCUAGGACUUGCCUAAUUGCUUUGUUCCACGUGAAAAUCAAGGACGGCAGAGUUAAGGUCGGGGCGGGCUCCAGCCUGUUCUCAAUACCCGCCGGGAAGACCCACGAUGGCUCCCUGUGAUCCCGUUAGCGGGGAGGGCCAUUAAAUCAUUGCCGCAUCCCUGCCUUCCACCCCGGGACGGGGACGGAGAGGACAGACUUGCUAUUUGUCUUGAUAACUCGGAGCCCCCUUCCAGCAGGAGGGGAAGACGAGCCCAUUCACCUUUAAGCAGACCUUUCGGGAAGCUUCCGCAAAGGGCAGCCAUGAAUUAGCCUUUGAAAGGGGAAUCCAGCAGCCUCUACCCCGAGGCGGGGACCGACUGCGCAGGGACCGACCGCGGAGUUGGGUUUGAGCCCAGGGGAGGUUGAGGCGCUUUCUGCAGACCCAGGGGCAGAGGGGUGGGAUGGUGGCGGGAGCCAGGCGGGUCCUGAUGCGGGCAGGAGGACACAGGUGGAACCCCUUCCCCUCCCUGCGUUGUGUCCGUCUUGAUACCUCCGUUCCCAGGGGCGAGGGGGGCAGGGAAGGGCAAAGCUAUGAGCGAAGUGGGGACGGUUUUUCUUACGAGACACGGAGAUUUAUUUUUCUACCCCGGAGAUGGUGUGUGGAGUGUGAGGUGGUGACAUGCAAGGACACGGCUGAGCUGAAACCCCGGAAGAAACGGGCGGGCGUGUCCCCCAGAAGCCGGGCGGCUUCCACCCUGCAAACAGGGGGGAUGUGAGGUUGGAGACUUCGUCUUGCGUGUGCGUGGCGUGGUCCCUGCGCCCGAACCGAGGUUGUGCCGUCAUGGGGCCCGCAGGGGAGCUGGUGGGACUUCCAGGGGGCUUAUUCGUGACGAUGCUGGUUGCUGAGCCUUGGGCUGGGGGCGGGGGCGGGGGGGUUCUUCUUUAAGUGGCACUUUAAUUCAGCUCCGGAGCUGGAGUACAGGGCAGGGGGGUGAAGCUCAUGCUCAGAAAGGAAGCACGAGCCCUCCCGUGCGUUCUGGUGCGAGGGGCUUCUGUGGCUGCCCAAUGCCAAUGCCAUUUCGAUGAAGAAUAGAUGUACUUUGCAGUCCACGGGCUCCCCCUCCCCGAGGCUGGGAGGCGGUGGGCCGAGACCAUCAGUUAGGAUGACCAGGUGGUGAGAGCGCCACCCAGAGGCCGGUGAGGGAACUGACAGUUCCCCGAGGGUUGGAGAUCAACUUCUGCCAACGAAGUAGCAAUCGAGGCUCCCAAGGGGCAGCCCGGAAGUGGUUUGGUCUGCUGACCAGGUGCCACUAGGUGCAGGGGGGUGUUUCAACAGACGGGGGGGAGUCAGGUGUGGGAGCUGGGGGCGGCGGGGCUAGAGGCAAGCAAGAAUCACUGUCCUGUGGUCACCCCCUUGGCAGGUGGUUUCAAUGUUUGGUUGGUGCGGGAAGUAAACCUUGAGCGAAAAAGAGUCAUUGUAGACUUGGGAAAUGGUCCUUCCCCCAGCCUCCACCCCCCUCCCAAGGCAGGGUCAGCGCCCGCCCUGUCGCCUUAAAUGUCCACCCCCUCCCUGUUCUGAUGGCCCGCUGGGCACAAGAGUCAAAGCAAUAAGAGAAACGGAAUCUAUUUUUGUUUCCCGUGUUUACCUCAUACUCCGACGUCAGCGAGACGGUUCCUAGGUUCACCCCAGCCCUCCCGCCACGAACGAUGCUGUGUUUACCGGUGGCGACUCGCGGGGCCCCAGCCGGCUGCAGCCGCACCCCGAGUGGGUCCGGGCAAUGGCGCUGGUCAGCUGCGUGGGGUGGCCGCGUGCCCGAGGCGCGCCCACCUGGAUGGAGCCCAGCCCCCCGUGUGUGUGCAGAGCCGUUGAUAUAUUUACAGAAAACGAUUUUUACAAUUAAAAUUUGAUUUUAAGACGA